AUGAAAGAGUGUAUGAGAUGUGGAGUUGAGGACUCCAGCAGGACGAAUCAAUUGCAAGGUGGUCACCAAUUUAGAGCUGAGAUGGAUAGAGCUAGAAAUGGAAAUCAAGUCUUUAACCUUCGACACGUAAUGUCAGGUGGAGCCCUUGAUAGGCAUCCCGCUGCAGUAAAAGCGAAAGGCAGCAGCACAUUUGCCCAUUUUUUGAGCUUUGAAAUUGGGAAGUCAUGA